GAAAAACUGCGUCGGAAAAUUAACAAAUUUCUAAUCGGAAAAUUAAUUUAAGGGAAAAAUAUAAGAACCUAUAGGAUAUCCUUAAGAAAAUGCAGUUGAAAUACCUGCGAACUUUGCUGGAGGGUCAGGAGCAAAUCCAGCGAAUUGCAGGACUAGCCUGGUCUCCCAAUCAGCAAAAACUUGCAAUCGCCACAGCGGAUCGUCAUAUUCUACUGUACGAUGAUGCAGGAGAAAGGCGUGAUAAGUUCAGUACCAAGCCAGCUAAUCCAUUGAACGGAAAAAACUCCUAUGUCAUUCGGGGAUUGGCCUUUAGUCCGGAUUCUACCAAACUGGCGGUGGGUCAGAGUGAUAGCAUCGUUUAUGUAUACAAACUAGGGGAAUCCUGGAACGACAAGAAGGUGAUAUGUAACAAGUUUCCACAGGCCAGUGCUGUGACUGCACUGAUUUGGCUCACUUCGGGGUCUAUUAUUGCAGGACUCGAGGAUGGCAAGGUUCGCGCCCUUCACAGCAAAAGCAAUAAAUCGCAAAGUCUCUAUGGCGGUGAUAGCAUUUGCAUUUCCCUCGCAGCAAAUACCAAGGGAACUGGUUUUCUGAGUGGCCACAAUGAUGGCACCAUUAUACGCUAUUUCAUGACGGAUGAGGCCACGGAACCACUUGGCAGAGUGGUGCAGCAUCCCGUUCCACCUUUUGCACUGGCCUGGCCACAGGGUGGAUUUUGCGUCGGUGGCUGUGAUCAGAGGAUUGUCUUCUACGAUAGCAUGGGUCGCCAGCUGCGUACCUUCGAUCAUUCCCGAACCGAAGGCGAACGGGAGUUCACAGUGGCAGCCUGUAGUCCAAAUGGACAGGCGGUGGCCUUCGGCAGCUUCGACCGGAUUCGCAUCUUCGCGUGGAGUCCGCGUCAGGGAGCUUGGAGCGAGAGUGCCAGCAAGGAGGUGGCCUGCCUGUACACCCUGAGCUGCCUCCUCUGGCGCAGGGAUGGAGCCCGACUGGCCUUGGGAUCGGUGAGUGGGGCAGUGCUGCUCUUCGAGUCCGUACUUCGACGCACCGUGUGGCAGGACAAGUUCGAGCUGAUCUUCGUGGCGCCCAGUCAACUGCUAGUGAGAUCUCUGACGGAACCCUCGCAACAGCUCACCAUUGAGUCGCAGCUGGGCCUGGAGAUCGAUGAUGUGAGGAUCAUGGGCAGGGAUAACUACCUGGUGGCCCGCACCGAGGAGUCCCUGAUCCUGUGUGACCUGACCCGCAAUUUGAGCAGCGAAGUUCCCUGGACCGCCUCCGGUCACCAUGAGCGAUUCUACUUUGAGAACCCCACUGUAUGCCUGGUUUUCAACGUGGGCGAACUGAGUUUGGUGGAAUACGGCGAUAACUCUAUCCUGGGCUCGGUUCGCACGGAAUUCGUGAAUCCGCACGUCAUCUCAGUGCGUCUGAAUGAGCGUGGCAAUGCCAGGGAAAACAAAAAAUUGGCCUUUCUCCUGGACGCCAAAACCAUUUGUGUGGUGGAUCUGGUCAGUCGGAUGACCAGUGGCCAGAUAAACCAUGAAACCAAGAUCGAUUGGCUGGAGUUGAGCGAGACUGCCCAUAAACUCCUAUUUCGGGACAAGAAGCUGCGAUUGAUUCUGGUGGAUAACUACACGGGCAAAAAGCAGACCCUGCUCAGCAACAUAUCCUUCGUCCAGUGGGUGCCGCAAAGCGAUGUGGUGGUGGCCCAGAGCAACUCCAAUUUGGCCAUUUGGUACAACAUCGAUCUUCCGGAGCACGUCACCAUGCAAAGUGUUCGCGGUGAAGCCAUCGAGGUGCUGCGCGAGAAUGGUCGCACAGUGGUUCGAUCUCAGGAUGGACCUAGUGAGCACAAUUACCAGUUGGACGAGGGCCUCGUGGAGUUCGGCACGGCAGUGAAUGACAGCGAUUUCGGAAGGGCUGUUCAUUUCUUGGAAACCCUGGGUGACAAGCCCGCUGCCAAAGCCAUGUGGCACAACCUGGCCCUGAUUUCCCUGGAAGAUGGAAACCUUCGAGUGGCGCAGAGAUGCUAUGCCGCCUUGGGCAAUGUAUCCAAGGCGUACUAUCUGGCCGAGAUGAUCCGGCAGGCGGAUGAGUUCGAGGAGUCCUCCGGUUCACCCGGCAUGCUCUGUCCCGAAGUAAGGGCCAAAAUGGCUUUGCUGGGAUCGGACUUACGAACUGCAGAGAGGAUUUACUUGGAGCAGGGAGACAUUGAGGCAGCUCUAAGGAUGUACCAACAGCUGGGAAUGUGGGACGAGGCAGUGGCUCUGGCGGAGAGACGUGGCUACAAUGGAAUCUCUAGCCUGAAACAGCAGCACAUGGACUACCUGCUGAGCAGCGAGCAGCAGGAGAAGGCCGGUCAGGUGCUGGAGGAGCAAGGGGAUCUCCAGCAGGCCAUGUCCCUGUUCCUCAAGGCCCACAAGCCAGCCAGAGCAGCCCGCUUGGCGCUCAAGACACCGCACAUCCUCCAGGACGAGCAAGUGAUGCUGCAGGUCACCGAGGGACUAGUUCGCUCCGAACUCUACGAACUGGCCGGCGACAUAGCCCAUCGAUUGUCGCGUCCGGAAGCCGCUCUAGCCCUCUACCGCAAGGGAGGAGCCUAUGCCAGGGCCCUGGAACUGGGACGCAUUGUGGCCCCCCAGGAGGUGACCGCCUUGGAGGAGGAGUGGGGCGACUGGUUGGUGGCUCGCAAGCAGCUGGAUGCCUCCAUCAAUCACUACAUCGAGGCGGGAGCCACGCAGAAAGCCUUGGAAGCAGCCGUGGGUGCCAAGCAAUGGCGCAAGGCAGUCCAGAUAGCCAAGGUCCUCGACGAACCGGAGCUCAUACAACGCUAUGCCCUGGAUCUGGCCAAGCAUUUGGCCUUUGCCGGGGAUCUGGAUGGAGCAGAGGACAUGCUGGUGCGGGCCCAUCUGCACAAGGAUGCCAUCGAACUGCUCAAUCGUCAUGGCAAAUGGGAGCGGGCCUAUGUCAUAGGAGAGAAGUACCUAAAGGCGGAGCAACUCCGGGAGCUCUUUGUCCAACUGGCUGGAACGCUGGAGGAGCAGGGCAAGUACAGGGAUGCCGAGAAGGUACUGAUAGCCGUCAAUGAACCCGAUCUGGCCAUAGCCAUGUACAAGCGCCGGGAACUGUACGACUCCAUGAUACGUCUAGUGGAGCGUCAUCACAAGGAUUUGCUGGACAGCACCCAUCUGCACUUGGCCAGACAACUGGAAUCGCGGGGUAAACUGAAGAAUGCGGAGCUGCACUUCGUGGCCUCGGGCGAUUGGAAGUCCGCCGUGCACAUGUACUGCUCGUCGGGACGCUGGGAGGAUGGCUACCGGGUGGCCAAGCAGAAGGGAACCGAGGGAGCCAGCCAGCAGGUGGCCUACAUGUGGGCCAAGUCCAUGCCCACCGAAAGUGCCGUGCGGCUGCUCAGCAAACUGGGCCUCCUGGAUACGGCAGUGGGUUUUGCCUGCGAUUCGGGGCAGUUUGAGUUCGCCAUGGAACUGUGCCGCUUUGCGGGCAGACCUACCGAUGAGGUGCACCUGAAAAUAGCCAUGUCCCUGGAGGAUGAGGGUAAAUUCGAGGCAGCAGAGGCUGAGUUCCUGAAGGCCAACAAACCCAAGGAGGCCAUACUGAUGUACCAGCAUGCAGGCGAUUGGCAGGCGGCCCUCAAUGUGGCUGAAUCUCAUCUGCCGGAUGCCGUGGGUGAGGUGCUCAUCGGACAGGCAGCAGCUGCCUUGGAGACCCGCAACUACAAGGACUAUGAGGCUCUCCUCCUAAGGGCCCAUCGUCCGGAUCUGAUAGUGGAGCACUACAAACAGGAGUCCCUCUACGAAGAUGCCCUGCGCAUUGCCGAGGAGCACUAUCCGGCUGCCUUGAACGACCUCAGGCGCUUGCAGGCCCAACUUCAGAGGGGUCAGGUCCAAGCUCAGGGCACCCAGGGUGAAGAUGCCGCCUCCAUAUCCCGGGGCUACCUGCAGAAGGCAGCCGAGUUUGCCAAGAAGGAGCAGUUCCGCAAGGCAGCCGAGUGCCUGAUGCAAAUCGAUUCCGGCAAUGCCGAGGAUGCAGCCACCUUGGAGCGAGCCCUGCUGCGGGCAGCCGAGAUCUGCAAUCAGUUCCUGGAGGGUGCGGAUGCCCAGGAGUUGGCCCACGCGCUGGGACCCCGUCUGCUGGCCAUCAAGCAGAUCGGGCCGGCAGCCCAGCUUUAUCUGGCUGCCGAUCUGCCCAAGCAGGCGGUGGAUGUGUUCAUCAAGACGGAGCAGUGGAGCAAGGCCCGCCGGCUGGCCAAGGAGAUCGAUGCGGACCUGCAGCUGUUGGCCUAUGUGGAGCAGCAGCAGAAGGCCAGCCUGCGGCACGAGGGGAAUAUCGAGCAGCUGGCCGACAUAGAUGUGGUAUCUGCUCUCGAUCUGCUGGCGGAGCAGGGUCAAUGGCAGCGCUGCCUGGAGAAGGCCAAGCAACUGAAUCCUGGCCUGCUGCAAAAGUAUGUGGCUGUCUAUGCAGCUCAGCUGAUCCGCGAGGGCAACUGCUCCACUGCCCUGGGUCUCUACCUGAGCUAUGGAGCGCCGCCCAUCGAAGCCCACUUCAAUAUCUACACCAGGAUAGCCUUGGAUUGUCUGGCCUUGCGGGAGGAUCAAACGGAGGGUGGUUCCCUGUGGCGUCAGUUGAGGGACUUCCUCUACCGCCUACUGCAAUCUCUGAAGGCCAUGCCAGAGCAGUCGCAUUCGCAGUUUACCGUCAGCAUGGAGCAGUUCCUCUUGAUAGCCCACUACUAUGCCACCAGAGCAGCUUGCAAGGAGGUGCAGGCCCUGCAGCCCGUGGCUCUGCGAUUGUCCCUGGCCCUGCUGCGCCACACCGAUGUGCUACCCGUGGACAAGGGUUUCUACGAAGCCGGGAUGGAUCUGCGCCAGGCAGGCCGCGAAUCCGAGGCCUUUGUGAUGCUCAACCACUAUCUGGACGUGUGCGAGGCCAUUGAGGAGGGUUCCGGUCAGUUGGUCGAUCAUUCCGAUCUGGCUAGCACCGAUUUUCCCAGCUCCGUGCCCCUGCCCGAGGACAUUCACCUGAAGAAUGACCCCAGUUUGCAUGAGGAAGUGCGUGAAUGGGUGCUGGCCGUGAGCAUGGAUCAGCAGGUGGACCAGCAGUUGCCCACCGAUGAUCGUGGCUUGUACGAAUCCAGUUUGGGGGCCAAUGAUCUGGCCUGCAUGCUGAGUGGAUUUCCAGUGAGGGGUCGUCAACCGGUGACCUUUCAAUCAUCCAGCAACCAAGUGAAUCGCGAUGUCUGGAGCAAGUUUUCGGUGGCCUUAAAGAUGUCUCCUGGCAGCGGCAUCGCCGACAUUAUAUCCUUCAUCGAAAAGUGGCAGGGCACCGCCAACUACGUGAUGAACUAAGUUGUCAAGCCAACAAAAAAUGUAAGUUGCUGGCAAUUAGCUGCUAUUAUUGAAACGUCAUUAGUGGGUGUGUGUGUGUGUUUUGGAUUACAAUCAGUGUUGGC